ACCACAGUGGGUGCAGUUCAUGUUAGCCUGAACGUAACAGUUAGCAGCACACACCGCUGACAAGUGGAUAUUCUACUGUAAUUUUAUAAAAAAACUGCUUUUGAUUAAAGCUGGGAUAGUUGUGAUAGAGGCUCUCCGACGACUGCUUCGCCAAGAUGAGCUUCCUGUUUGGCAGCCGCUCAAAUAAAACCUUUAAGCCGAAAAAGAACAUCCCAGAAGGAUCCCACCAGUAUGAGCUGCUGAAACAUGCUGAGGCAACGCUGGGCAGUGGGAACCUGAGACAGGCUGUGAUGCUGCCUGAAGGAGAAGAUCUUAAUGAGUGGAUUGCCGUCAACACGGUGGACUUUUUCAACCAGAUCAACAUGCUGUAUGGAACAAUCACAGAGUUCUGCACAGAAACCAGCUGCUCAGUGAUGUCUGCAGGACCAAGAUAUGAGUAUCACUGGGCUGAUGGGACCAACAUUAAGAAACCCAUUAAAUGCUCUGCACCCAAAUACAUCGACUACUUGAUGACCUGGGUGCAGGAUCAGCUGGAUGAUGAGACUCUUUUUCCCUCCAAGAUUGGAGUUCCCUUUCCGAAGAACUUCAUGUCUGUGGCCAAAACCAUCCUGAAACGUCUGUUCAGGGUUUACGCUCACAUCUACCACCAACAUUUUGACUCUGUGAUGCAGCUGCAGGAGGAGGCCCACCUCAACACCUCCUUCAAGCACUUCAUUUUCUUUGUUCAGGAGUUCAACCUUAUCGACAGACGAGAGCUUGCUCCCCUGCAGGACUUGAUCGAGAAGCUUGGAUCUAAAGACAGAUAGACAUUUCAUAACACAUCUUCUCUCUUUAUUUUUUUUUUAACACCACUUUCUUUUUCUCCUUCGUCCCUCUGUGUGACCUCUGCUACCUCUUUGACUUCUGGGCUCAACUCUUAAAAUCUGUGCCUUCUUCCAGCUUUCAUUUCAUUCACGUCUGUACUGUAUUUUUUCUUUCAUUCCUCCUGUUGACUUGUAUGCUAUUUGAGCCGUUUUUUCCUCCCAUUUUGUCACUCAUAUGAUAGUAUAGUGUAGUGAGAGUAUUUUUCACAGUACUGUGGUUUAAGACUGUAAUAGCAAAUGUCUGAAUUUUAUAUUGGACCAAGAACAUUCUGAAAUUAGAAUGAAAACCAGCGUUUUUCUUCUUUAGGUUAUUUUGAUUGACUAAACAGGUUUAGUUUUUUAAUAGGCAGUUUCCUUUUUUAACUUUCAGCUUAUGUUAUCACGAUGACUGACCAAAUAUCCCCACCUUAGCUGUUUUAAAUGUCUGUCAUUAGUUUGCAGUGGAGAGUGACAAGAAGAAGGCAAAACAAAGGAAGUCUAUGGUAAAUUUUGCACCUGUAACAGCACACCAGAUGGAUGGUGGAGACAGGCACAAUAAUUAACCAGAUAUGAUAUCAAGCUCUUAUAUCACACGCUGUAUGUUUAUCAUAUAUCACACACAUGCUAACAGGCUUCUGUUGACAAACUCUCUCACCUUGACAAGAGUUUAAGUUAGAAAUGAUUGAAGGUCAGCAAAAUGUUUGAUGCUUUUGAUACUAUGUGCUUAAAAUAAUACAGUCCAUAACAUUGAAAAAGGUUGAAAAAAACUACAUCCAUUUCAUAAGAUGUGUGCAUAAGAGAGGGAUUUUCCAUCAAAGAUUGCAAGUCAACUCCUGCCCAGUGUCUAAAUUGCAGAAAUAGUUGGCAACAGUUUGGUUCCAAGCACAGUCUGGAGAUUUCUCCAUUUUUCAGUAAUUUUGAACAUAAGUUACCCAAUACUUGGUUCCUUGGACUUUUUUUAGCCAUAGUAUGAAAAUGGGUAUCAAAAUCGUUUUCGACCCUAAUUGUGAGAUGCCUUUCUGUACUUUUCUUUCCAAAACACACCACCACUGAUUGCAUCAUGGAUAUUUUAAAAUUGGUCAUGCAAUAUCAUGUUUUGCACAUAUUUUGGGCUAUUGUCCUAAUUAAAAAUGUAAAAUGAAAGCCAGGGUGCUUACAGGGAAACUUUGAAAUGUCAGGCUAGUUAAUAUUAGAAGUUUUUUUUUUUUUUUUUUUUUUUUUUUUUUACAUGAGUGAUUUAAUGAUAGUAAACCUACAGUUUGCAUCAUGAUACUGGGUUUGUAAUACAAUUGUAUCAUGACUUUUUUUAAAGAAAAAGCAAGAAGCAAAAUAUCCUCUUUUUUUCUAAACAGAGGAAACACUUUUAUAUCAUAAAUAAAGACUUCUGAAAAAUGUGUUUUAAAAAAAAGUUUUGAAAGGAAUCACGAAUGAACUUUUAUAGUUCAAAUAGGGGAAAAUCUCUUAAAAUACAGCCUGAGUUUCUGGCUUUGAAGCACAGAAAGAUUUUAAAUUACAUAUUGCCGCACACAUAUUUUUCAAAUUGAUUUUAUUAGUACGGGGGCCCUGCUGGUUAACUGGCAAACAUUUCACUGAAUGGGAAAAUGUUUCAUGAAAUGACAAAACAUUUUUUGACAUGCUAAAACAUUUAAAAGUGCAGUUUGGAUUAUUUAGCCAAGUAGCAUUUAGAGAAACAAACGUGGCCAAAGAAACAUAAUGUUUCUAAGUAGCCCUGUCUAAAUCAGUAACUGAUCACCUGAAUAUAUUUAUAGAUUAUUAUUUUUUUGUUUGUUUUAUAUUUGAUUCAGAAUAAACCUUUUAUUCUUACAUAGGGAGGGUCCCCUCCAUGGGAUCUGCCAUCUUUGAUGUUUGAUUCUUGCAUGUUUCUAAAAUACCACAGGAAGGACCAAAUAACAGAUACACAUUUUUUUUUAUUCCACUGGCUGCCACAAUUAGCAUCAGAAGUGAGCAGUCCAAUCUGAUGGUUAGAUGCCACUAAUAUUUCAAAUUUUACACUCUGCACUUUUAAUAAAAUAAAAAACAUCCUGUUAAAUGUGGAAGCAUUUCAUGAAGCAAGAAAAGAUUGUUAAACAGAAAAACUUCAAAAAUUAUUUUUAAAGAAAUGCGGCAACAUUCCUUGAAUUGCAUGAAAAUUUUGUAAAAUGUCAUACAUUUUAUGAAACGUAAAAAAGGAAAUGCAAAAAAACCCCAAACAUUUUACGGAAUAAAGUGAAGUGGACACAUAUAGUAAAACCAAAUUAUUUAUGAGCUAUACAAACAUCUGAAAAUUUUUUUAACAUGUCAUUUAAUGAAAAUAAUGUAAAACACUUUUUUCAUGAAAUGUUUUUGCCUUUCAUGAAACUUGUUUUGCCUCGUAAAGUAUUUUUGAGGUCAAUGAAAUGUUUUCACAGGUUUCUCUUAUGGGCCUCUGAAAAAUACUCUUCAUUUGCAUAGAUUUUUACUUUUACUGUGAGGUAUUGUUGCAUACCUAUUAGAAAUAAUUUUAAAAUAAUCCAGAAGUAGCCUUAUGUGAAACUCUUGUACUGAAGUCAUUUAAGUUUUAACAGCCAUGCGUUUAAAUGUACAAUUUCAAUGCUGGUACUUUUUUUUUUUUUUUUUUGCUUAUUAUUUCCCCCUUUGAUUGGAAGAUAGAAUAUUGACUAUUGCAUAUGCGCAUGAUAGGUGAUUGAAGCUACCUGUAGUCUUUCCACAGACGUCUCUUCUAAUCUUGAUGUAUGUAUCAGAGUCAUUGCCUGUGCUUAACUCCGGCUACAACAGCAGGGCUGUUUGUGUUGCCAUUCAUUUCUGAAUUAAUACAGUUAGUUUUUCUGAUGAAUGUUUUGUUAUCUUUGAGCAAAGGAAUGGUCUAUAACCCAUUGGACCUUGAGUCAUAUCAGACAAUCGUGUAACAAAUUAGGAGCUGUUAGAUACCCCAAUGCAUCACAAGGAACCAGUUAUGUUGGGUUCAGUAAUGUUUGAUCCACUUAAACCGUGAUUUUUCCACUUUUAGACCCUCUCAUUGCUUGAAAAAGAAAAGCUAGAAAAAUAUGUUCAUACUCUAUAGGUAUAUCAGUAUAUUUUGCAAAACUGAGUUAUUUUAGAGUUUUAUUUGAGUGUAUAACACGUCCUUUCUUUCAGUAUAGAAACAUAUUUUUAUAUUGCAUUGGUUUUUACACAUUUCAUAUUAAACUGUAAGAAAAUAAUUGACUUUUUCAACUGAGGACAGAAUUAAUCAAAGGUUUUAUAUAUGAACAAUAAAGGUCCAAUCAUUGGGUGGGAAGAGGUAUCAGGAUGCAGGUGGAUCCUCAUGUUUGCUGUAAAUAUUACCAGUGUUUUGUCUGAACAAAUAAAAGUGUGCCUUACAGUGAAAAGGUCUGGCAUGACAGUAUUGGCUGAUCAAUAUUCAAUAAAAACUGAAAGGAC